GACAGGCUGCAGGUGUAGGUGCUCUGUCUGACUCGCUGCCUCUCUGCUUCAGGUUCGGGAUGAAGGAGGUGAAGACGCUGGGCUUCUGGCGGGCCGUCCUCGCCGAGCUGCUGGGCGCGGCCCUGCUGGUGUUCGCCGGCGUGGCGGCCGCCGUGGGGAACGGGAACAGCAGCUACCCGGACCAGGAGGUGAAGGUGGCGCUGGCGUUCGGCCUCGCCGUGGCCGUUCUGUGUCAGAGUCUGAAGCAGGUGAGCGGAUCUCACCUGAACCCGGCGGUCACGCUGGGCAUGCUGGUCAGCUGCCAGGUCAGCGUGUGCCGGGCCUUCUGGUACGUGGUGGCUCAGCUAGCCGGCGCCGUGAUGGCCAGCGGCGUGGUGCUGGGGGUGAGACCGCCCGCCGUGGAGUCGCUCGGGGUGAACAAGCUGAAUGGCGUCAGUCCAGCUCAAGGCUUCGGGAUCGAGUUCCUCCUCACGCUGCAGAUGGUGCUCUGCUACCUAGCGACGAUGGAUAAAAGACGCGACGACGCGGCUGAGUCGUCCGCCUUCGCUAUCGGACUCUCGGUGGUUCUGGGACAUCUCGCAGGGGUGAGUUAUACGGGGUGCGGGAUGAACCCGGCGCGAUCGUUCGGUCCGGCUCUGGUGUCGCUGACGUUCGAGCACCACUGGGUGUACUGGGCGGGGCCGCUGUGCGCCGCCGUCGUGGCCGCGCUCCUGUACGACUUCGUCCUGUCUCCUCGUGGACUGGGUGUGGGUGAGCGGCUGAAGGUCCUGUGCCAGGGCGCCGAGGACUCCGAGGGCGAACGUGAACCCCUGCUGGAGGGCGGAGGAGCCGACGCCCAGUGGGAGAAGCAGUAGACGGACGGUCACGUCUGGUCACAUGACGUCUGAUUUGCUGGAGCUGAAAAUAAACCACGUUCUGACCCA